GUUUGUUGCUGCUUGUUGCCGCCGCCGCCGCCUCUUGGACUCCGGCCGGGCGGGGGAAAGAGGAGGCAGCGACCCGUCGGACUUCUUCGCCCCUCGCGGGGGAUCCCCCCCCCCCUGUAUGAGCUCCGGUUGCCUCUAACCGCCCGUCCCCGGGUUGCUGGGCGAACCUCGCCGCUGCUGCGCGCUCCCCCGCCGCCGCCGGCACCCCAACAACCGCUUGAAUGUACAACAUGAUGGAAAGCGACCUGAAGCCUCCCGCCCCCCAGGCGACUCCGGGGGGAGGCCCGGGAGGGAACGGCAACGCCGGCGGGGCCAACAGCCAGAAGAACAGCCCCGACCGGGUCAAAAGACCCAUGAACGCUUUCAUGGUGUGGUCCCGAGGCCAAAGGCGGAAGAUGGCCCAGGAGAACCCCAAGAUGCACAACUCGGAGAUCAGCAAGCGCCUGGGGGCCGAGUGGAAACUUUUAUCCGAGGCCGAGAAGAGACCCUUCAUCGACGAGGCCAAGCGGCUGCGCGCCCUGCACAUGAAGGAACACCCGGAUUAUAAAUACAGGCCCCGGCGGAAAACCAAGACUUUGAUGAAGAAGGAUAAGUACACGCUGCCCGGAGGGCUCCUGGCGCCGGGCUCCAACUCCAUGGCCGCGGGAGUCGGCGUGGGGGCUCCGCUGGGCGCCGCCGGCGUCAACCAGAGGAUGGACAGCUACGCGCACAUGAACGGCUGGACCAACGGCGGCUACGGCAUGAUGCAGGAACAGCUCGGCUACCCGCAGCACCCGGGGCUCAACGCCCACAACGCCGCCGCCGCCGCCGCCGCCGCCCAGAUGCAGCCCAUGCACCGUUACGACGUGAGCGCCCUGCAGUACAACUCCAUGACCGGCUCCCAGACCUACAUGAACGGCUCGCCCACCUACAGCACCAUGUCCUACGCGCAGCAAGCCACCCCGGCCAUGGGGCUGAGCUCCAUGGGCUCCGGGGUCAAGACGGAGUCCAGCUCCAGCCCGCCCGUGGUCACGUCCUCUUCCCACUCCAGAGCUCCCUGCCAAGGCGGAGACCUCCGGGACAUGAUCAGCAUGUACCUGCCCGGAGCCGAGGUGGCGGAGACGGCCGCCCCCAGCAGACUGCACAUGUCGCAGCAUUACCAGAACGCACCUGUGCCAGGAGCGGCGAUAAACGGCACGCUGCCUCUGUCCCACAUGUAAGAGACCCAGGGGGCGGCCCGGGCGGGCGGAGCGGGUGGGGGAUGGGGCGGCUCGGCAGGAAGGAGCGCGAGAAACCCGAAAUUCAAGCAAGACGAAACUUUUCUUAGCGAUGUUGGACUCUUCUGCCUUUCUCCCCUCCCCCUCCCUCUCCCUCUUCUUCCUCUCCUCUUUUUUUCUGGGGG